CAAAACGUUCUUGCGAUUUGUUACUUGUAUCAACGGUGGCGUCAUCUGUCGAGGCAUAUUCGAGCUACUAAAUUCCCGUCAAUUUUGGCAUUCGUGAAGUUUUGCUAUUUUUUUUUUUUCGAACAGGAAUAUUACCGAAAAACCUUAUCUUUUCUGUAAUCUAUUAAAUCUUAUCUAAUUAGAUGAUUAAACCCAAAAUCAUUCCGGUCACCGUUACACCGGUCAAUUUCAAUCGUCCAUUCCAAUGCAAAAUUAUUCCGAUUCCAGUGUAGAAUGUAAAAUAAAAUAAUUUAAAUAUGAUUUAGCAAUUUCGUCCUAUUCCUAAUUCAUACCGACGAACUGUAUAGUUUAUUUUAUUAUUAACGACAGUUAUUUCACGAAUAAUUUUGCCCUUUUCAUUUUUAGUUGCUCUAGAUAAGACAUGCCAAUAUUAUAUAAUAAUUAAUAUGGAAAAUAGAUGUGCUAUAGGUAUAACACCGGUGGUGACAUUAUUAAAAUUAACUGUGCCUAGUUUUUUAUUUAUUUAAAUGUACGGGCAAUAUCCAAUUGUACUUGUAGUUUCUGUGUUCAAAUUUUUGUGCAUUACAACUGAAUAAUAAAUAAUAAUUACUAGUGUUUAGUUGAGUAUGAAAUUCCGAAUUAGUUGAUUUAUCUUUAUCUAUAGCCCGUAGUUAUGUGAGCAGAUUAUUAUUUUUUAGUUUAUACGAAUAUAUAAUUAUUUUAGAUGGAGUAGGACGGUUCUUAGAAUCUCGAGGUAUUGUAUACAUUCACUUGUAAUACUAUUAGUGAUCUGUAGUAAAAUUGUACAUGUAAUAUACUAUCUAUAUUUCAAGUUGAAUCAAAUGACAGUGACCUAUUAAACUGAUUCGACAUCUAUAAAUUGGUGUUAAGUCAAAUGUCUGUUAUAGAGUGAGUAAUUAAUAAUUUUUUUUGUCUAUUGAAUUAUAUUUCAGUGUUUUCAAGUAUCUAUCGAAAACACUGAACAGUAAGAACAUUUUAAAUUUUAAAUAAAUUAACAAUGGCCCUUGGUAUUGUUGAUUAUAUUGUAUUUGUAAUAAUGUUGAUCAUAUCUUCUGGAAUUGGUAUAUAUUAUCGAUUUACAGGUGGAAAACAAAAAACAACUCAGGUAGGUACUAUUUUAUUUAUUAAAAAGUUUGAAUUUAGUUUAAAAUUAUUAUUAUUUUUUUUUUUUAAAGGAAUACAUGCUGGGCAACAGGAACCAAAGUUUUAUACCCGUUGCAUUUUCUUUGAUGUCCAGUUUUAUUUCUGCUAUUACGUUAUUCGGUGUAAGUGCAGAAAAUUAUGCUCGCGGUACACAAUUUGUUGUCAUCAAUUUAUCUUACUUAUUGGGAACACCUAUAAUUGCAUAUGUCUUUUUACCAGUAUUUUUUAAACUUGGAAAUUUAUCUGUUUAUGAAGUAAGAUUUAUUUUUUCAAUUUUGAGAAAUAUAAUUGUAUUAUUUUAAUAUAGUAUUCAAAUGGUUUAGUACUUAGAAAAACGAUUUGGCCGUUCAACAAAAAUGUUAACAUCUAUUGCAUUUAGUACACAAAUGAUAUUUUAUAUGUCAGUGGUCUUAUAUGCCCCAUCAAUAGCUCUUAAAACUGUAACUGGAAUAUCCAUAGUUUCUUCAAUUACACUAGUUGGUUUAGUGUGUGUAUUUUAUUCAACUAUUGGAGGAAUUAAAGCAGUCAUUAUUACUGAUGUAUUUCAAGUAAAUAUUAAUGAGUUUAAUACCGUAGAAAUAUAAUAUAGAAAUAAAACAAUAUUAUUAUGCAUUUUUGAUAGGAUAUAUUUUGUUGAUUAAAUAAAUUUAUUAUUUUUUAAUUCUUGUAAAUUAUUUACUUAUAUCAACAUGAUUAUUGUUAUAUUUAUUUUUUAACUAUAUUUUAACUGUAUUUGAAUAUUUUCAUAAAAACAAUUUUACCAUAUGUAAUUAUACCUAAUUACUUUUCAUUAGUAGCUAUAAUACAAAUAUCAAAUAUUUUUUUUAUCCAGAAAUUCAUGGACAAUUUAAUGAAAUCUCUACUAGACUCAGUAUGUCAUAUUUUAUAUAAUCAAAAUCCUGGUAAAAAAGGUGAUUGAAUUCUUAUAGAAAUAAAAUGCAUACGUUCACAUCACUGGAUAUAAUGGAUUUUAUAAUGACAUACUGAAUUUUAUACCAUUUUAAUUUCAAUUAACUAUAAAGUUAAUUAUUAAUGUAAUUUGUUUAUAUCAACAAUUUAGUCACUGCUUAUGUUUGCUUCAAUAUUUGCUGUAAUUGGGGUGGCCAUGUACGAAAAUGGGGGAAUAUCAGAAAUUUGGAAAAUUGCCGAUAAAUAUGGACGAAUUCAAUUUAAUAAGUACCUAAUUCAAUAUUAUGAUGAAUGUUAUAUUUGUCUAAGUUUGUGAAAAAUGUUUUUAGUUUUAAUAUUGAACCCACCGAAAGACACAGUGUGUUUAGUCUAAUGAUUGGAGGAAUGUUUACCUAUAUUUCACUGUAUGCUAUAAAUCAAACCCAAGUGCAAAGGUAUUUAACCAUGAAAGACUAUAAUACAGCUGUGAAAUCUUUAUGGUGUAGUCUACCGAUUUUAUCAUUGAUAUCCAUUUCGACAAGUUUUUCUGGUUUGGCUAUAUUUUCAAAGUACUACAACUGUGAUCCAAUAAAGUAUUAAUUACUGAUUUAUUAGCAUAGAACAUAAAUAUAGUGUGGAUAUUUUUUAAAGGUCUGGUCGUAUAUCAAAUUGGGAUCAAUUGAUGCCUUUGUAUGUACUAGAUACCAUGGGUUCAGUACCCGGAUUGACAGGAUUAUUUGUAGCUGGUAUAUUCUCAUCUGCAUUGAGUACUAUAUCACCAGUACUCAACUCUUUAGCUGCAGUAACAAUGGAAGAUUAUAUUAAGGUAUAAUUAUCAUAAAUUAUAUUUCAACCAAUAAAUAAUAAUUUACUGUUUUAUAAUUUAAAAUAUUUAGCCUUUUUUAAAACAUGACAUUUCUGAUAAAAAACGAGUGUUUUAUAUGAAAAUGUUGGUCCUUGCAUAUGGUGCAAUUUGUUUGAUACUUGCUUUUUUGGCUCAAUAUGUUGAUUCCAUACUUCAAACUUCUCUUGUUAUAUUUGGAGUGAUUGGUGGACCUGUAUUAGCAGUAUUUACACUAGGAAUACUUUUACCUCAUGUUAAGCAAAAGGUAAUAUACUUUGAAUAGUCUAUUAGUUAAGCUGAUUACUUCAAUUAGGGCCGUUCUCACCAACGUAAAAAGGUGUUAAUCUGAUUUUUAAACUGAGUUUAUGGCUGAUAGCCAAUCACAAUUGGUCAAUUACCUUAUAAACUCAAUUUAAAAAUCAAUGUUUACGUUGGUGAGAACAGAUUUUAGUUAAGUAAUAAAUAUAAUUUUAUUAAUAUUUUACUAAUUUAGGGUUCAUUGAUCGGUCUUAUUCUUGGUUUGACAUGUUCAUUUUUAAUUGGAUUUGGUGGACCUAAACCACCAAUACAAAAUUUACCUACUUUUACAAAUUCAUGCUCUACAAUUAGUGCAGCCAUUGCUAAUACAAACAAUUCUGAUUCGUCAUUUGAAAAGUAAUAAACAUGUUUAUAUAUGUUAUAUCUUAGCUAAAAUAUUUUUUAAAAUUGUUACUAACUGACAUUUUUUUUAUUUAAAAGUUGUUUAAUUUCAAUAUUCUAUUUUAUUAGUAGAUACUAGAUUAUGUUAUAUUUUUUUAUUAUUUGUUACAUACAUAUGUUAUUAUAUGAUUUAUAUAUUGUGUGACCAUAUAAAUAGGAUAGGUACACAUAUCUAGCACAGCACCCUAUUCAUAUUUUUGAAUUUUGUUUGUGGAAUACAAAACUAUUUAUUAUUAGUAACCUAGUAAUCUAUGAUCAUCAAUUACUCAGACUUACAAUUUGUUAACUUAUAAUCUGUCUUUAAAGGAAAAGGGGGAUUUGCUGCUAGAAAAUCUAAAAUGUAAUGUAUAUUAAUUUAAGGUAAAACGAAUAGAGGUAUAAAUUUAAAAAUAGUUUUAUCAUAUUAACUGUGAUUCUUUUUGCAGCUCUCACUGUCUAUCACAGUUAACGAUUUGAAUAAAGUUUAAAACAUUUCAUAUUGAAAAACAAAAAACAGUAAUCAAAUUUACUUAAAACCUUUAUAAAAAUUGAUUGAAUUAUAAAUAAUUUGGUAAAAGAAUCACUAAUAAAAUGAUUAAUUUUUUUCAACUUCCAAUUUUAUAUUCUGUGUAAAAUGAGGAAUGUAUAGGUUUUAUGAUAAUUUGGUCUAGGACAUUUUGGCAUAUACAUUUAUAUGAAAAAAAAAAUUUAAUUUAAUAAUUUAUUUCAUUUAAGUUAAUUAAAAAUACAUACAUGAAAAAAUAUUAUUGUUGUAAUAAAAUAUUAUAUGCCACAUUUCUUAAAUAUGUUAAAAUAUUUUGUGAUUCUUGAAAUUUGUUAGUAAUCUUUUAUCUCUGUAAAGAUAAUUUUAGGGUAAUUCUUCUGGAUUUCAAUGAAUUCCUGAUUUUUAAGUACCUUAUGAAUGACCAUAAUGUAAGAUGGGCUAUUCCUAUUUCAACAUUUAUUCUUUGAUUGGUAGCCUCUGCAUGAUUAUUCGUUUUAUGUAUAUUAAUUAAAACUUAUUUAUGUAAAUUCCAAAUUUAUGCAGGAAAUCUAGCAGGUCUUCUCCCACUUCCAUUUUAAUUUAAUCUUCCGAUAUAAUUAUCUUCAAACUAUUCAAGCAAAAGUUGAAGGAAUACAUUUAAUUUAAUAUAAUUAUUAAUUUUAAGUUUUAAGUUUAUUAAUUAUUGCGUACAGAUGAAAAUUAAAUUUUCUCUCUAUUAUACUUUUCCAACUUUUCACCUAAUAGUGGCCCACUUAUCGUGCAAAACAUGUCAGUAUGUCAGUUUCAGGUGCAUUUACAAAAAAAUAUUUCGGGGGAAGGGUUAUGUUUAUACACUUUCAUACUCUUAUAACAUAGAAGUUUAUUUACUUUUAACUGUAGGAUUAUUUAUUUUUCAUUAAAAAUGUUAAUAUUUUAUAAUAUUUAUUUUUAGCCUCUUAGGUACCUAAUACUAAAUUUUACAUUUAAUAUAGCCUUAAUGAUAAACCUAUGAUAUAGCCUAAAAGUAAUUCAUAUUAUUGUGAUGAUAAUGCCGACAGUAAUAUCGCUGUAUCAGUUAUAAUUUUCUAAACUCAGGAAAACCAGAAAAAGUUAAAAAUGACAAUAAUAGCUAUAAUAUGUACCUACUAUCUAGUAAUAAAAUCAAAAUUGUAUUUGUCUUCCUUAUUGAUAGAAACCACUUUUGGGACUCUAUAUUAAAAAUCUACUUUCAUCUUAAUUUAAAUGAAAUUUUGGGAAGGAGUUGAACCCCCCCCUUCUUCCUCUUUAUGCGCCUAGUCAGUUUGUAUAUGUAUAUAACAUAUUCUUAUGUAUAUAGUACUAGUAAUAAAAAUAUUUUUAAAUUAUAAAUACAUUUUGUAUUUCGGUUGUAUAUUGCAUGAAGGCAUUUUGUUUUUAUAGACUUAUUAUAUUUAUAUUUAUUGUUGUUUUUAUUUUAGGUCGGAAAUCCAUUAUUUUUAUUUUUUCCGCAUUAGUUAUAUGUACAUUAUAGUUAUUGGAUUCAUUGUAACAUUUAUAAUUGCACUUAUAGUUAGUGGAAUUAUCCGUGAGCCAGAUUGUGAUAAUCCAGACUUAUUUACACCAUUUGUUGCAAAGCGAUUAUUAAGAAAGAAUCAAUUAUACUAUAAUAGUUCUAAAAUGGUACAUUUUUAAGUUACAUAUUUUCUUAGUUUUCUACCUACUAUCAUAAUAAUAUUAUAAUUAUUUUGUUAUAGGAAUUAAAGACUCAAGACCAAUCAAAUGAUUAUUUAUUAAGUUAAAAGUUUAACAUAAGUAGAUAUAUUUAUUUAACUAUAUUCAUGGAAGAAUAAUCUGAAAAAAGAAUAUUUUACCAAACAUGGGUGCUAUUGUUUAUUAUUUUAAUUAUUUUGUUGUAAUACAUUUUGUUAUAUUAUUUGUAUAUUUAAUCAAAUUAUUUUGAUUAUUAAAUACAAUUUUUGAAA